AUGCUCUGCAUGAGAGGUUUCGAGCCUCUGGAUGAAGCGGCGGGUAGAUGGUUGCUACCGCAAGUUGGACGAGUGAUUUCACCAGUGUUGAUUGAGGUUGAGACCGAGGAGAGUCGGAAUGUGGAUGGUGUAAUGGCGCAAUACACGGCAUCGACAAGAGAGCUUCUGGCCCGGAAAGAAGCUGCUGAUGGUUUGAAGACUGAAGUGAGGAUCACCUUACCCUCGGAUUGGCCGAUGGCUAAGGCAAAAGUUCAGGUAUCCCCGAUACCAGGAGUACCAUCCUCGCGCAACCAAAAGCUAGCAUUAGCAGUUCUUCGUGAGAUGACCAGAGCGGGCAUGGCCCCGGCUUUGAGGAUCUGGUCGGCCAAUGUCGAGAGAAUAUUCGAUGGUGUUGAACCCUGCAACAAGCCAGAAGACGACCUGUCCGCUCU